AUGACAUUAACUAACCAAAAAAAAGAUAAUCAGGAACUUAUUGUUAAAACUUUGAAAGGCUAUUUUACAAGCUAUGAUAAUCUCAUCAAUUAUGUUCAAAUGCAUGCCUUUAGUCAUAGGUAUGCAGUAAGCAUUAAAAGAUCAGAGAGAGAAAACUUCGUUUACUUGCAAUGUGAUAGAGUUCAGGAAAUGUCUACUGCAGGUGUAUAUCCUCAAACAAUCCUCACUACUCUCCAUCAAGCCAAUCUAAAUAAUACAGCAGCUCUUCUUGAUGAGCUUUUAGAAGGAAAUUUUGAACAUUAUUAUCAAUAUGAUCAAGAAGAAAAUUUAACUCAUCUUUUUUUUGCUCAUCCAAAAUUACUUGCACUUACCAAACAAAAAGAAGAUUAUGAAUGGGCUCUCACUUGUGUUGCUCGCAUUUUGGAUGACAUACCAAAGCCUCAAGUUAUUGUAACUGACCACAAACUAGCUUUGAUGUAUGCUGUACAGAAAGUAUUUCCUGAGUCUCAAAAUCUUUUGUAUGAUGAAUGGUCAACAUUUAUGGAAAAUUGGUCCACCUUUAUAAAAUCUAAAAGAGAAACUGAUUUUGAAAAUAACUAG